CCGGAUGUCGCUCGGUUCGCUAUAACUGUUCCCUUAACGAUUGUCAAACGAAGAGAGCAGCUGCGUUUCGCAGAAUCUUCGAGAGGUCCCCGAACCCGGAGAGGACUUUUCCAGAUAAAUCUCUCCCCUACGAGCUGACCCGCCUGCUGUGUUUUGGACCUGUCCGUGUUUUGAGCAAACCUUUUUUUAUUUUAUUUUAUUUUUCAGACCUCGCUGGAAUCGAUACUCCACCGACUAUCGAUCACCGUUCACUGCGGCAUCUGGACGAUCAGCGUUGUGUUUAUGUCUUUGUUUUGUGAAAACGAGCUGUUGCGCAGCCGUUGGAACCUGUGUGGUAGAACUCUAGCCUUCAAGCAAGGAGCUUGCGGCCACCGCGGCACGACGUUUUUCAUGUCAGAGACCGAGCGCGCUUGCAGUCGUUUAUGUCAUCCCCUCUUUUCCAGACAGAAGAUCCCGAAAAAUCCCCAACCAAGAUCCUCUUAUCUUGCUGAUAGUUCCGACAUCCAGCCAGAAUGUCUGUCAACGUCAACCGCAGCGUGUCAGACCAGUUCUACCGCUAUAAGAUGCCCCGUUUGAUCGCUAAGGUUGAAGGCAAAGGGAAUGGAAUCAAGACAGUCAUUGUCAACAUGGUUGAUGUUGCAAAGGCUCUGAACAGGCCUCCAACAUACCCGACUAAGUUUUUCGGUUGUGAACUCGGCGCUCAGACCCAGUUUGAUACCAAAAACGAUCGUUACAUCGUCAAYGGAUCCCACGAGGCGAACAAGCUGCAGGACAUGCUGGAUGGGUUCAUCAGAAAAUUUGUGCUGUGUGCCGAGUGUGACAACCCUGAAACUGACCUGCAUGUCAAUCCCAAGAAACAAACCAUUGGUACUUCCUGUAAGGCCUGUGGACACCGCGGCAUGCUCGACACCAGACACAAACUCUGCACGUUCAUCCUCAAAAACCCACCCGAGAGCACGGAGAGCGGCUCUGUGUCCGUAAAGAAAGAGAAGGAGAAGAAGAACCGCAAGAAGGACAAGGAGAACGGUUCUGGCAGCAGCGAGGCCGGAAACCACGACAGCAUCGACGCUCCUGAAGCUGUGGACAGAGACGACGACGAUGAAGACUGGGCAGAGGAGACGACGGAGGAGGCGCAGCGGCGUCGCAUGGAGGAGAUCAGCGACCACGCCAAGAACCUGACGCUGAGCGACGACCUGGAGAAACCUCUGGAGGAGAGGGUCAACCUGUUUUACAACUUUGUCAAACAAAAGAAGGAGAGCGGAACCAUCGACGGGGCUGAUAAAGAGAUCUUGGCGGAGGCAGAGCGUCUGGAUGUGAAGGCCAUGGGACCUCUCAUCCUCAGCGAGCUUCUCUUCAACGAGAACAUCCGCGACCAGAUCAAAAAGUACAAACGCCACUUCCUGCGGUUCUGUCACAACAACAAGAAGGCCCAGAAGUAUCUGUUGGGAGGUUUUGAGUGUGUGGUGAAGCUCCAUCAGGUCCUGCUGCUGCCGCGCGUCGCCAUCAUCCUGAAGGACCUGUACGACGCCGACCUGCUGGAGGAGGACGUCAUCUUCGCCUGGGCUGAGCGG